AUAAACGACAGAAACCCCCUCGUCCCUGGGAAGGGGCUUCUUAGAACACGUCUGAAGUUUUUGGAAGAGCGGCCCGAGGGGGCGGGAUGAGGAGGAUAAAUUACGGAGCAGCGGGAGCCAAAGCCACGGACACCGGGCAGGGCAGCACAAAGGACAGAGGAAGAGCCCUCAGGCAGCCACCAUGGCCACUGCAAGGACAGUCCUGCUGCUCACCCUGCUCCUCACCUUCUCCCUGCACUGUGCCACAGCCCACUUCAGACCCAUCGAAUGCUGCUUUGAGUAUGCAGAGAGACCCGUCCGACACGUGCAGAGCUACUAUGAGACCCCCAUUGACUGCCCUAUGCCUGCAGUUGUGAUUGUGGCUGCCAGAGGUACCAAGAUCUGUGCUGACCCCAAGAAGCGCUGGGUGGAGAAAGCCAUGGAAAAGCUUAGAAAGAAAAAAUGAACUCCAUCCACCAUCCCACUUGCCCAUCCAGUCCUCCUGUCUCUGCUGGGUGCUGACAGUGCUCACAGCCCUUCUCCAAAGGCUGCUGUGGCAGUGGGCACCACCACUGCAGGUGGAGCCAGCCCGUACCCUGGCAGGGUCAGGUGUCACCACACCAUGGACCAGCCGGCCACCAAGCUCCUCCUGCUGCCCCUGCCCUGCCAGGCUGUGCCAGUGGAGCAAAUAUUUAUAAUAAAAACUCAUUGUUAUAA